AUGGAGUGCGGCAACGGCAAGAACGGUACCGGUAUCGUGGCAGUUGAGGAACAACAAGGAAAGACUGCCCUGGAGGGGGGCACAGUACCUAAGGUACGCGGACAGAACAUGGAUACAUGGGAAAGUGCACGAUUGGAACGAUUACGUCAGAUGCCAAGUCCGCUCGAAUUUGUAGGGAAAGCACGGCGGGAACUUGGGGCCAUUGCACAUGGUGCUGGUGACGGUGCAAAGGGAGGAAAGAAGAAAGACACGCCGGAAAGGAGCGGAGGCGGGCGGGCGUGGGGAGGGGCAAGUGCGACCCCCGGGGGAAAGCACGGAAAGCAACGACUGUGGGAGAGGGGUGGUCUUUCCCUCCGUGCCUCCCCCCAUCGUGGUUGGGGCGCAGCCGGCGAUGACGGCGAUGGCGCCGGUGGCGCGUCUUGGGAACCCCUCCAGGGCCUCCACGAGCCUGGGCAGCAUCGGUCUACAGACUACCGCCUACCUACUAGACACUAA